UUGGAGGUGGCGGCCAGCUGUCAGCAGGAAGGCAGUAGGCCGGAAAUUUCAUUGGUCCAAAGCGUUUAGCUGCCGCAUAUUAACUCCAUUGAGUUGUACAUUUGCAGGAGUUGAGUGCUGAAAAAAGGGCAAAUCAAUCGAAGAAGUUCACUGUGUGCAGCGAUUUUCAAGUGGUUUGAGAAGUGAAAUUGCAACCGAGCAAAAAUAAAAGAAAUAAUUAAACAAAAGAAUUAAAAAAAGCCACUGUGCAAGUAGUGAAAAGUAAAAUACAUAAUCUGUGAUCACAAGCGAAUGAAUAUGACUUCUGUGCAAUGGCCAGCUUAUUGGUAUACUUUGGUGCCGCAGCAGCAGCAGCAGCAGCAGCAGCAGCAACUGCAGUAAUGUGAUCAUCAAAUGGGAAAUUCCUUUGCAUUAUAUGGCAUACUGCAGUGCCGUUGGAAUAAGUAAACAAACACUUAAGGAAAAAGAAUAUUUAGUAAUCUCACAACAUACCGAUAGUCGUCAAGGAAUAUUGAAGGGCAAGUCUUCGGAAAAUCUUUAAGUUAUUUCGUAAAACCAAAAGAGAGAUCAACAAAGAUAACUUUUGAAGAUAUAAAAGAUAUUGACACCGAUCAAUUCAAGGUUUACAUAUACUUACAUACAUACAUAUUCUGAAAUGCACCCAAACAACUAUUUAAACAUUCCUCCUUGAAUAUCCGAAUCUAAAAGUUAUGAAAGUAAUGUUUAAGGCACUUGGGUGCCUAUAGUGCGAUAGUUAAAUAGAAAAAAAGCAAACAGAAUAGUAAAACGAUUUAGUUAUGUUGAGCGCCAAUAAUACACAACAAUCGCAACAACAACAACAAUCACAGUCAACACAACAACACCACGCGCAGCACCAGCACCAACAUCAGCACCAGCAUCAGCAACACAAUACACAGCAACAGCAACAACAGCAUCACCAACAACAACAACAACAACAACAGCAGCAGCAGCAACAACAACAGCAACAAGUGUAUAACGGCGACUUGAACUUCACCACAUUCGCUGAACUUUGCCGCUUCUGUUCGAUACGAAAUGGUCCCGCCAAAAUUCAUCUCUUCGAAAAGGAGGCGGAGCAGAGGAAUUUGGUCUACAAACUGCGCACGCUAAUGUCAACAAAUAUAUCCAAGGACGACUACCUUCCAAAGAAUAUCUGUGAGCAAUGCGUACACAAAGUGGAGCAGCUAUUUGAUUGGCGACAAUCGACAUUGCAGAUUGAGAAUAUUCUGCAGAAUUAUGCGGACUCGAUGAGAGCGGUGACGGCGACAAUUAAUUUUCAGGACGGUACCGUUAAUAUGGAUAAAAUGACGGUAGCGCAAAAGAAUGCAUACCUUGAGGCGCAUAUGGCAGUACAACAACAAAUGGCGCAGGCGGCAAUACAAUUUAAACAACAACAGCAGCAACAACAACAAACGUCCACGAAUUCCGCACAACAGCAACAACAGAAUUCGCCCACCACCAAUAAUAAUAAUAACAAUAACAACAAUUCGUCGCAGCAGCAACUGCAGCAGCAACAGCAGCAGCAGCAACAACAACAGCAGCAAGCUCAUUACGCCAGCACGAUUAAGGUACCACAAAUAAGUUCCUCCAGUUCGGGUGGCGCUGAGAGCACUUUCACCGUACCCGACGAUGUGGGUAUGGGUUUCGAGGGCGGCGUACGCGUGCUACAAAGUUUAGGCAGUUGGUCACCGGACAAUGUUACCUACAAUAUACCUAAGCCAAAUCUAAUACCAUUCACCGAACCAUAUGUCGAGGGUGGUUCCAUGCAUCCGGCCAGUCGACUGAAGGCACUGCAACAAGUGCAGCAAGCCUCGUCGGGCGUACGCAAAACGAAUCCAUCUAAAAACCCCAACAAUAAAGCAUUCGAAUGCACGGUAUGCGGCAAAGGACUCGCCAGAAAGGAUAAGCUCACAAUCCACAUGCGCAUACAUACGGGCGAGAAACCAUAUAUUUGUGAAGUGUGCAAUAAAGCAUUCGCCAGACGCGAUAAACUUGUGAUUCAUAUGAACAAAUUCAAGCAUGUGACGCCAACGAAUAUAGCGCCAUUGGGUAAACGACUCAAUAAUAUGGUGAAAAAGAAAGAGCCCGAGCCCGAGGACAAUAAACAAAAUCUGGAAUUGCAAUUGCAACAACAGGCCGUGCAAGUGGCCACACAAAAUAUUAUAGUGCAAACAACUGGCGGACAGCAUAGUACACAGACCACAGCCAUACCGGGCAUCAUCAUACCGCAUCAUCAUCAGCAACAAUUGUCGUGGACUUGUGAGCUAUGCGGACGCAUGUUCUCGAGUCGAGACGAAUGGACAUUGCAUGCCAAGAGUCAUCUAGAGUAUUGACAACAGGAACAGGAAAUAAUAGAGGAAACAAAACCAACAGUAACAGCAACAACAGCCAACGCAGCUAAGCAGAGCAGCUUUCAA